AGUCCAGGUCCAAUACGAUCGGGCAGCAACCUUUCCAAGCGCUGCAUUUAGUCGUGAGCUCGUGCACGGCUUUUGAAGCAAUUAGAAAGAAGGCCUCAUUUCCCAGCCACCCAAGUUCGCGCAACGGAUAAGCCCGCCAAAACAAUGGCCGCCGCCGCCUCCUCCUCCUCCUCCGCGGCCGCCGCGGUCCUCCUGUCUUCCCAGCCCUCCGCCGCCCCCAAAGCCCUCCUCCAAAUCCCUUCCUCUGCCUUUCCCUCAAAAACCCCACCUUUCUUCCGACCCGGAACCAAACUCUUCGUCUCCUCCCCUCCCCCCUCCCGAACCCUCUCCCCCAAAUCUCCUCGCCCCACCGCCGGCGGCGGCGGCGAGGAGGAGAGCAUCUUCUUCGAUGGCGGUGCCCACUAUGGCGACCUCGUUGCCAACCUCCUCCUCGGCUUCACCCUCCUCUGGCUCCCCCUCACCCUCGCCGCUGUCUCCCGCGCCUUCUUCCUCCGCUACCGCUUCACCAACCGGCGGGUCACCGUCAUCUCCGGCCUCACCGGCCAGGACCGCAGCGACUUCGCCUACGCCGCCAUCCAGGACGUCAAGGUCGUCCCCAGGUUCAUCGGCGAGUGGGGUGACAUAGUGAUCACCUUGAAGGAUGGGACCAAGGUGGACCUGAGGAGCGUGCCCAAGUUCCGGGAGAUCGCCGACUACUGCCUUUCUAUGGCUGAGGGGCCGAAGGGAUCGGAGGAGAGGAGUGGUGGCGGAGCAAGGGGAUUCUGAGUUCCAAGUUGGGAGCUUUAGUGAGGAUGUGGGUUUUCUUCUCCCAGCAGUAUGUUUUUUCAGAAUCCAUCCACAUAGGUCUAUGUCAUAAAGUGGGAGCCAAACUCAGGUACCAUACACCAAAUUCUCGCAUUCGGAGAGGAUCGGAUCAGAAGCUGCCGGUUCCAAGGAGUAUUUUGAAGCAUCUCUGUUGAAAGAUGGUAAAAGAUAGUGCUCUCAUCUGAACAAAUGGUUUUUUGUCCCCCUAUUUGAAUACCGUUGGUCUUUCCAUCUCUUAGUCAAAAGAGAGCACAUGCGUAGCUACUUUGCACAGCACUCCUAAUUAAAAAACAUUAUUGCUUCCA